CAUUUGUGCUUCAUUUUCAUUCAAGAACCAAAACCCAUUUCCCAUCACAUGUUUCAAAUAUUUGUGGGUUAUUUCUAAUAUAUUGAUUUGAAUAGAGAGAGGUCCCAAAAAAUGGGGGUUCAUUCCCUAUGUCAGAGCUUCUUGUUCUUGUCUUUAAUAUUGUUUGGUUCAGUGAAUUUGUGCAGUGCAGAUGACAAGACUUUUGAGGUUGUCGGAACCACUGAGUGUGCUGAUUGUAGCCAGAAUAACUUCAAGUCUUCUCAGGCAUUUUCAGGUCUUCGCGUGACCAUCGACUGCAAGCUCGAAAGCGGCGACGUCAAGCGGUUCGGAUCCGGGGAGGUCGACGAGCAAGGCAAGUUCAAGGUCUCGCUCUCCCAAAAGCUCAACAACAAAUGCUACGCGCAGCUCCACAGCGCGGCCGCCCUCCCAUGCCCCGCCCACAACGACAUCGAGGCCUCCAAGAUCGUCCUCAAGUCCCAGACCAACGGCAAGACGACAUUCGCCCCGGCUAAAACCCUCCAAUUCUCAGCCACAUUGUGCUCCUCCAAGACCUUCCUGCCCUACUGGAAGCACCCUCCCCACCCAUGGUUCAAACCUCUCCCCAAGCCCACCCUACCCCCUUACACCCACCCCUGGUUCCACAAGCCCACCCCAUCACCCGUCCCCGUCUACACUCCCACACCAAAACCACCCGUUGUUGAGCCUCUCCCACCACCCGCCCCCGUCUACACGCCUACACCAAAACCACCCGUAUACAAGCCCAAGCCCAAGCCACCGGUCUACAAGCCCAAGCCCAAACCACCAGUGUACAAGCCCAAGCCCAAGCCCAAACCACCGGUGUACAAGCCUAAGCCAGAGCCACCAGUAGUGAAGAAGCCAUGCCCGCCAACGGUGGUGAAGCCACUCCCGCCACCAGUGCCAGUGUACAAGCCACCGGUGAAGAAGCCGUGCCCGCCAGUCGUGGUGAAGCCACUCCCGCCGCCAGUGCCCAUCACGAAGAAGCCAUGCCCGCCUCUCCCGAAGAUCCCGCCAAAGUACUUCCACCACCCGAAAUUCGGGCACUUCCCGCCGCUGCCUCCGAGCAUCCCUCACCACCCUUGAUCAUUUUCAACAAUUCAACCCAAACUGUAAUUAGUAAUGCAUAUCUCAGCUAGCAAGGUGUUAUGUCUAAGCUGCCAAAUAAAAAUAUGUGUUUUCUUUAAUGAAGGAAUUAUGUGUUUGAGAUGAAAGGAAGUUUGAGUGAUAGAUCAUAGGAAGCACAUCAUUGAUCAUAUUUUAUUGGGUUUGAUCACCCUUUGUAUUUGUUUGAUUAGGUUUGAUAUCAGAUGUUUGUGUCUUUUCCAA